AUGCUCCCAGAUACCCAGGCUUUAAUCGAUAAUUUGCCGGUUACGGUGGGAUGGCUACGAAAGUUGUUGGAGGCGAAAUUUGGGCAUGAAGUCCAGCUGCUAGAGGUUGCACCGCUUUCGGGUGUCCUCGGCAUGAUGUCGGCGCUUCGGCGUGUUCGGCUACAUUGGAACGCUACGAACAACACCAACAACAACGAGCUACCGGAGACGGUUAUUAUAAAGAUGCCAAGCAGCUCCCAGGCGAUCCAGAAUCUUUCCUCUGCCACGGGUUCAGAUGAUAUGGCAGCUUAUACCGAGAAAAUUCAACGAAUUAUGCACAACAAUGAAGUUGGCGCCUACACGUGGUUGUCUUCAGUUUCUCCCUCGCCCAUCCCACAUCCCCAAAUCUACGCAGCCCACAAUCUAGCAACCCCCACUCCAAUAAUUGUCAUGGAAGAAUUGGAGGGGAAUUUGGAAGUCCUACAACACGGAUUUGACGAGGCACAGUUAUUCGAGAUCACGGAAACGCUGGCAAGAUUCCAUGCGCAUUGUCUGGCCGACGGGUCGUGGAAAGAGGCGGAAUUCGAGCCGAUGGAAUUCGGGAAAAUGUCCACCUUCGGCGACAUGAUAAAGCAGCUGGCGGAUGGGCUGAGAAAGGGGAAACCUGGCUUUUGGGAGUGCCUGGAUCCGCUCUUCGAACACACCGACAUCCUCGAGAAUUAUCAGCUCGGUUUGAUGGAGAGAGAUAGCCCACAUCAAAUCCUGGCGCACGGCGACCUGUGGUGCCCUCAGAUCAUUUGGGCUGAUGAUGGCCGGACGAUUCGCGGGAUUUUGGACUGGCAAAUUGCCCACCCUGGCAGCAUGAUGGAAGACAUCUCCCGUGUGCUUGCCACGUGCACAAAAACCGAAUUGCGGAGACGGCUUCAGCCUAAACUAUUCGAUCGCUAUUACGAGGUGCUGAAAGAGGAAUGCGAGAAAAACAAUGUUACACCCGGAUUCGGACGGGAUUUCUUGGACAGCGAGUUCAAGCGCAUGCUACCUUAUACCCUGCCGCAGACGCUGUUCGCCUGCGGCAUUUGGGCCAACAGCAACGUGUUGAAGCGGAGCGACGCUGACGACGAUGCGCGGGUAUCCGAGAUUUUCGCGCGGACCCGCGCCUUUUUCGAGGAUGCAAAUAAGGUGCUGGGAUGGGGCAUGAAUUCUAAU